CGACGGAUCACAAUUCACAACUGCACAACACGAGCAAUGAGCAGCAUGCAGCAACUGUACCUUGGUAAAUGAAUCAAUUUUUCCCCUACGGUUGAAUGUGACCUAUAAAUAGGGAAGGUCCGUCCUGGCACUGGCACUGGCAGCGGCCUGGCGGGGCAAAGGUGACCGGCCGGAAGCACACACGGCACUGAAGCAAAUUAAAACUGCUUGCUAGCUCGGAGAGAUCGAGCAGCAGCUAUGGGGGAAAACAAGGGCAGCCGCAGCGCAAUUGCCGUGCUCCUGGUCCUGGUGAUGGCCUUGGGCUUCUUCGCCGGGCAAUCCUCGGCACGUAGCUGGACUGACUUCGCCAGUCUCAUCCAAGGAGGAGCAGCGGCGGAAUCGGCGGACGAACUCUGCAAGGACUGCGACUGUCCCUUAACCGGUGGCUGCGUGUGCUACGACACCUUCGCUUCGUGUCCCAACUUCUGCUCUGGUUGCUGGUGCUCUAAGACGAAGGCUGAAUGCCAAUGCGUUAACUAUGUCGAGAAGAAGUGGUGUGCUGCACCACCUGCAACCACGGUGCAGAAGAAACCGGUCAGCGAUGCCCUCUACUAAUCCAGCGCGUUCCUCUUCCUCCCCGGCCGUUCCCGGCCACCUAGCGUCGCGCCCGGCGGGGCCGUAUCGACUGCGUGCCGACCAAAGUUAGUACACCAUGUAUCUUGAGAGUGGAGGGUUCAAUAAAUUAAAGCAUGCAUCAUGUGUAUCUCUUCGAUCCUCUCUAGUGUAUGCUAAUCUUAUUCAGACCGUUAGCA